UUCUUCUAUUUCUCUGCUCUGUCGCUUCACUUUAUCUCUGCUUCGUACGAUUCAAUCACUGAAGAAGACGAAGAAGAACAACUUCACAAAAAAUGGCUAAAGAGAAAGACCAAACCACUAAAGACAAAAACCUCCUCAUCUCUUUCUUAUGGAACUUCUCCGCAGAGCUCAAACUCGUUUUAAUGGCGUUACUCGUCCUCUCCACUUUAGCCACUCUCCUCCCUUUUAUCCCUUCUUCUUUCGCCAUCUCCGCCUCCGAACUCCGUUUCUGCAUCUCCCGCAUCGCCGUCAACUCCUCCACCUCCGUCAACACCAACACCACCUCCUUAAAUAACGCCGUUAAAAACCAGCCGUUAACUCAAGAGACGGAGUUAAGUAACGGCGUUAUUAAACGGACGUUUACUGGUUACGGCUGGGCUGCUUAUAACUUCGUGUUGAUGAACGCGUACAGAGGCGGCGUUAACACGUUCGCCGUCAUCGGUUUAUCAUCUAAACCGCUUCACGUCUACGCUCAUCCCACUUACCGCUGCGAAUGGGUUCCGUUAAACCAAUCCGAUAACCGGAUUUUAACCGACGGUACUAAAAUCUUAACCGAUUGGGGUUACGGUAGAGUUUACACAACCGUUGUCGUAAACUGUACUUUUCCAGCAAACGCUGUUAUAAACCCUAGAAACGACGGAGGUACGCUUCUUCUCCACGCAACCACCGGAGACACAGAUCGGAACAUCACCGACUCAAUCCCUGUCCUCACGGAAGCUCCGGCCACCGUAGAUUUCGCUCUCUACGACUCAAAACUUCAACAAAAGUACGAUUACCUCUACUGCGGCUCGUCUCUGUACGGGAACUUAUCUCCUCAACGAAUCAGAGAAUGGGUCGCUUACCAUGUUCGAUUCUUCGGUGAAAGAUCUCAUUUUGUGCUUCACGACGCCGGUGGGAUCUCAGAUGAAGUGUUUGAGGUUUUGAAGCCAUGGAUUGAGCUUGGGAGAGUGACGGUUCAUGACAUUAGGGAACAAGAACGGUUUGAUGGGUAUUAUCAUAAUCAGUUCAUGGUUGUGAAUGAUUGUUUGCAUAGGUAUAGAUUCAUGGCGAAGUGGGUUUUUUUCUUCGAUGUUGAUGAGUUUGUUUAUGUUCCGGCCAAAGAGACGAUCUCGUCGGUGAUGGAAUCUUUGAAAGGGUAUUCUCAGUUUACUAUUGAACAGAUGCCUAUGAGUAGUCAGCUCUGUUACAACGGUGAUGGUCCGGCCAGAACUUACAGGAAAUGGGGAUUUGAGAAAUUGGCCUAUAGAGAUGUGAAGAAAGUACCACGACGCGAUAGGAAAUACGCGGUCCAACCGCGUAAUGUAUUCGCGACUGGAGUUCAUAUGUCGCAGAAUCUACAAGGGAAGACAUACCAUAGAGCGGAGAAGCAAAUACGGUAUUUUCACUACCACGGUUCGAUUUCGCAGCGACGCGAGCCUUGUCGUCAUCUUUAUAACGGUACUCGCAUUGUUCAUGAGAACAAUCCUUACGUUCUUGAUACCACUAUGCGCGAUAUCGGCCUCGCGGUCAAGACGUUUGAGAUUAGGACGAUUGGAGAUCGCUUGAUUAGGACAAGGCAAUGAGAAUACAAAAAGAGAAGAAUGGUUUAUAGAAGAGCUGAUGUUUUCAUUAUGAUGGAUUGUAACGUAAAUCUUGAGAAUAUAAUUAGGCGAAUGUAACAAUUUUUAUGACUUUUUUGUUUGUUUUUAGUAUAUUCUUUUAUUGUAUUAUAGAAAAAAGGGUUCAUAGAAGAAUCAUAGAGUUUCAUCAUACAGCUCAGAUUCUUGGUAUAUAAGCAUCUCUUGUGAUGGGCUUAAUGAUAUUUUUCUUUAUUUACUAAUAUUUGGAAAGUGCUUUAUGUAAAUUAGUGAAAGUUGUUGUGGUC